AUGUGGGGAAUUCCUAACCAUUAUCGUACAGUGGCUUUUGGGAAGCGAGUAGCUGGAACUAAGAUUGGAAGGGUCUUGGAGGCUGGGGCAUUCGCGAUUCAAGGGAUCCCUGGUCACUUUAUCAAGACGAAGGUGUUUUUGGAUGUAACUCAACCUUUGUGCUCUCAAGUGUAUGUGAGCAACCCUCUUGCUGGUGAAUUUUGGGUAACCCUCGUCUAUGAAUUCCUUCCCCUACUUUGCUACCAUUGUGGGAGGUUAGGGCACACGACACCCAACUGUGCAUAUCCUGACCCGGUUGGCAUUGAACAUUACGGCCCUGAGCUGAGCACGGAGAUUAUUGGGUAUCGCGUGGAGGAAUCUGCAUUUGUGCCUCUGCUGCUACGCCAACCGACUCAGUCGUCUGUUUGGGUGAAUCCUCACAUUGGGGGAACUACUUCAGGUGGUGGGAAGCCAAAGAGAGAUCGUGAUGUGGAGGAGAUGUCUACUGAUGAAGCUGGUAAUCCAGUGGUCCUUGCUCUGCCGGCAAAGGGCCCUGUGGAACAUGUUCAAGGGAUCAAGGGGACCCAAAUGGCGAAAGAGAGUAAUCUGGGUGUUGCAUCGAGCUCAGGUGGACAUGGAGGGGCUGGUAACGCCCAUCGUGGGACAUACUCGAAGAUGAAGGGGAAAGGUGGGUAUGGACAGCAGCAGCAACACCCUAGGGGGAAGGUGAAUCUCGAGCGGACUCGUCCACAGUACUGGCGUGGGGGAGACUCGGGCAGUGAGACUGGGUACAGGGGCGAUGAUACCUUUGGUCCGCCAGCUCCAAAACAGCAGAAGCAGAAAGGGGAGCUAAGAAGGCCUCAUAGCCGCCAGUCAAAUGAACCUGGGGUGCAGCUAGCAGCAGCAGGUGCUGUGAAGAAGAAGGGGAAUGAAGUUUUCCGUAUGGUGGCUCCAGAUCCUUUGGAGAUAGAUGAAAGGAAGAGGGCAGCGGGGGAGGUUGCAGGGCUGCAAUUUGAUCCUACCCCCUGUUAA